GAUCCGAUGAUCUGAUGACUCAGAAGUUCAUCUGGUUUAGUGUCUGGGUCGGAUUUAAAAACAUUGAAGCAAUCUAAUCAUGUAUCAGAAAUGAUGGUCAUAACUGGUUAUUCCAAUUGUGAUUUGUUUAUUAACGUGUAUAAACCAAACCGGGUAAAAUGACUUAUUUAGAAAAAAUGUUAGGUUCGAUAUAGGCAUAUUUUUAAACACAGAUAUGCAUCGUAUGUGAAUCAUUAAUGAUGCAAAUAUAUGUUUGUUAACUGAAUCUUAUUUGUAGGAGUAGGUAGUUAUUAUUGUAUCAAAUAGAGUGAUUUAGUAAGGCAUAAAUGUUAUUAAAGAAUAGAUGAAUUUGGACUUUCUAGGAAGGGUUCAUUUUUAAAAAAAUCACACAUGAAUUAAGAUUGUGACUUCUGUUUUAAUAUAUAAGAUUACAUGUUGUAAAACAAAAAUAAAUUUUUUUAAAAAAAUUAAUGAAUGCAAGACAAGUUGAUUUUUUUACACUAAACUUUAGCAAAAAAUUGAGCACUUAGGUAUAUAUGGUUUUAGCAAAUAACUAAUAGAAGUGUGAAACUUGAAAAUUAUAUUUUACUGUUCGAAACUUCAAAACAAAGAGAAUAAUUACUUAAAACCAAAAACAGAGAGGUCUAUUUAUAUAUAUGCUUCUCUUCCCCAUUCAAGACACCAUUCUAAAAAUAAGUGAGAAUUGUGCGAAUUAGAGAUUAUCCCUCAAUACUUCGAUUGAAAUAAUUCCUUUUCACUUACAAUCAUUGUAGCUCUUCUUCUCGAUCAUAAGGUGAACAACUGAGGCGAUAUCGGAUUGUGGACUGAGAUAACUUAUGGGGAGGGCGACGUGGUUCGAAGCUGAUGGGACGAAGAGAGGAGAAUGGACGGAGGAGGAAGACCGCAAACUCGUCGCUUAUAUCGACGUAUACGGCAUCGGUGACUGGCGUUUUCUCCCUCACAAAGCUGGUUUGCAGAGAUGUGGAAAGAGCUGCAGAUUAAGGUGGCUUAACUAUCUAAGGCCUGGCGUCAAGAAAGGCAAAUUCACUACUCAAGAAGAACAAGUCAUCAUCAAUUUUCAUUCUAUUCUCGGGAACAGGUGGGCAACCAUAGCGCAGCAAAUGCCGGGUCGAUCAGACAACGACAUCAAGAACCAUUGGAACUCUUGCCUUAAGAAAAGACUCGAGAGAAACGGAAUCGACCCAAUGACCCACCAGCCAAUCAUCAACCUCGACGUCAAAACACAGUCGUUUAACACAGAUUGCGGUAGCUCUUCCUGCUCGACGGCGAGUCCAUCUUCUUCUUCCUUCUCCUCCAGCUCGGCCCGUCUCCUUAACAGGAUCGCCACUGGUAUCUCAUGUAGACAACACGGUGUCGACAGGAUCAAGAACAUCUUGUCGGAUCUGACAAUCACAAGCAUUAAUGGUGAAGAAGAAGGGUUCGAGCAGCUGAAGAUAGAUCAUGGGAAGAUGUUAGCUAAUGAUGAUCAAGAAGAUGAUUUUCUGAUGUGGGACGAAGAAAAAACGAGACAUUUCAUGGAGGAGAUUGGUGCAAUGGAUUUCCACACGAAUGGGGGCUAUAAACCUAGUUCAUCAGCACAGUAUGGUGUUUAUGAGACUGGCCUACUUGAUGAUCAUCUUAUUUGAUGAAUCGAUGGUUACUGUGUGAAAUUAAUAAUAAUAUUCUCUCUGGAUCCAAAAAAAAAAUAGAUAAAAAGGAAUAUUAUUCAUAAAUAUUGUACCGACCAAGAGAAUAAUUUCCAAAAAGUCACGUCUCUAUAUUAUAUAUAGAACAUGGGUGCAGUGAAACAAAACAUGAAACUUCAUGAGUUUGUCAUGUUCCACUAAUAGUGCAAUGAAUGAUAUGGAUGAUCGUGAAUAAAAUCUUAUGUAGUCUCUUUUA